CGAAAAGUUUAUUAGAGGAGUGUAAAUGAGUAAUGAUCGCAAAGCCCUAGACCCCGCCGCUAUAUAACCGAGGGAACCGCGCCCUCCCCGCCGCCUCCGCCGCCGCCGGACACCAGCCCCCUCUUCCAAGAUGUCGAAGCGAGGGCGCGGAGGUUCCGCUGGUAACAAGUUCCGGAUGUCGCUGGGUCUGCCCGUGGCAGCCACCAUCAACUGUGCUGAUAACACUGGAGCCAAGAACCUGUACAUCAUUUCAGUGAAGGGGAUCAAGGGACGACUUAACAGGCUUCCUUCUGCCUGUGUUGGUGACAUGGUGAUGGCCACUGUGAAGAAAGGGAAGCCUGACCUGAGGAAGAAGGUCAUGCCAGCUGUCGUCGUGAGGCAGCGCAAGCCAUGGCGCCGAAAGGACGGUGUCUUCAUGUACUUUGAAGACAACGCUGGAGUCAUUGUGAACCCAAAGGGAGAGAUGAAAGGUUCUGCCAUCACUGGACCUAUCGGCAAGGAGUGUGCUGAUCUGUGGCCCAGGAUCGCCAGCGCGGCGAAUGCAAUUGUCUAAUUGAAGCAGCUAGCUUAAAGUUUUGAUAGCAUCUCACUUUCAGUAUCAUAUUUGGCCCUCUAAGGGGUUUAAUGGAUGAUCUGUGCUGCUGGAUUAUGGCAUGUUAGCUUUAAAGAUUUUGCACUGCGAUACUUAGUAUGGUACUGUUGCUGACAUUUAGCGGUUUAAAAUUCGAAUAUAUUCCAGAAUUUCUGCGUUGCUGUUGCGUUCGUCUGGCCCUUUAAAGGGUUUAAUGCAUGAUCUGUGCUGCUGGAUUAUGGCAUGUUAGCUUUAAAGAUUUUGCACUGCGAUACUUAGUAUGGUACUGUUGCUGACAUUUAGCGGUUUAAAAUUCGAAUAUAUUCCAGAAUUUCUGCGUUGC